AGCAUUUCCCCCUUACUCAUCUGUGUAGGAGUUUAGGCUUCAAUUUUCUGCCCCAGCUAGGACGCAACUGGAGAAUGAUCAGACCUGACUGAGAGACCCUGGCUAAUACUUUCUAAUAAUUCAUUCAGGAAAGAUGAAGAGCUGUCACUGUUUCUUGCUGCUUUGCUCACUGGUCUUUGCGCUGUCUUUUGCAGAGGAGGCAACGUUUGAGAAUGAGAUCGACCUUACAGAGUUUAUUAGAAGGAUUUCUUCCUCUGGACUACUGGUCAGGGAUCAGCCUCUGGCUAUCAACAGAGACCUUCGCUUUGAAACAAACUCACUGGAGGAGCUUGGAGAUCCAGAGGAUUCCAUUCCCAUCUGGACUGAUGAGGAACCAGUCAUCCAGAAUACACUCAACACCGGGACUACCAUCCCUGAUAUUCCUGACUAUGGCCCCAUAGUGUUGACCAACAAUGGAUUGAUCAAGGGACUCACAGUGGAAAAGUCCCACAUAUUUUAUGGGAUCCCGUACGCGGACCCACCUGUGGCCACACACCGCUGGAAGCCCCCCAGACCGGUGACCCCGUGGCCGGGGGUCCACGACGCCACGUACCCGAGGAACGCGUGUAUGCAAGGCUGCAGUGGCCCCAUAUCUGACAAGUGCCCUCAGAAGGUGAGUGAGAACUGCCUCUACCUCAACAUAUUUGUACCUCUGGAUGUGAACUUCAGUUCCCCUUUACUGACAACCCUGCCAGUGAUGGUGUGGAUCCACGGGGGAGAUUUCAUUGCUGGCUCAGCCUCCAAGCCCCUGUACGAUGGGAGGUUCAUCAGUAACUUCACUCACACUGUGGUGGUGAGCAUGGCGUAUCGGCUAGGGGCGUUUGGUUUCCUCGUCUCGGGAAAAGACCCCAAAACCUCAGCAACCGGGAAUUAUGGGAUCCUGGAUCAGCAGGUUGCUCUUCUCUGGGUUCAACAAAACAUUGCUCUGUUCGGAGGCGACCCCAGCAAGGUGACCAUGUUUGGGGAGAGUGCAGGAGCCCAGUCAGUGAGCCUCCAUCUGAUGGUCCAGAGCAGUAAGCCCCUGUUCAAACAGGCUGUGUUCCAGAGCCUACCCUUCUCCAUCCCUCUCAAGACCAGACAUGAUGCCCUGAAGCUGGGGAGGGACUUUGCCAGACAGGCCAACUGCUCUGUGAGCGACAUCGUGUGCCUGCUGUCCCUCAGUCCUCAGGCUGUCCUCGCUGCCCAGAUGAAGUCAAGUUCCAAAGUGGUGAAUCCCUUCAGGUUCCUGGAGAUCUUUGAGACCUGGGGGCCCUAUGUGGAUGGAGAGCUGAUCAAGGAGCAGGCUGUGACUGCCUUCCAGAAGGGCCACUGGCAGAAGGAGAAACCAGUCCUCCUUGGGACCACUUCAGAGGAGGGGUGAUAUUUG